AUGUCAUUCCCACCUCAACAAAGCAGGUUCCAAGGUCCUCCAAGGAAAUUCGAUCCUUUGCCCACUUCCAGAAGUGAAAUACUAAAAUACUUGGUGAGCGAGUCAUUGGUAGAGCUCAGGCCUAUGCCACCUCCGCUUCCCGGAAAAGCUUCACCUAGGUUCAACCCAAAUGAAAGGUGCGAAUUUCAUGCUAAUUCCCCCGGACACACAUUGGAAAAAUGCUGGGCUUUCAGACACAAGGUUCAGGACUUGAUAGAGUCAGGGGAAAUCGCCUUUGACAAACCUAAUGUGAAAACAAAUCCCAUGCCUCAUCAUGAUGGCACAGUCAAUGCAAUCGAGUUCGUUACUAAGCAAGAGGUAGUUCAACAACGGAGCUCCCCCAUAGAUGCCCUUAAGAGGUAUCUACUAGCAAGGGGGUUCAUCCUAGAACACAACGAGGCUUUUAAGGACACUCUGCAGAGGCUCGUGGAUCAAGGACUGAUUCAGCUGAAAGAACAUCCGGAAGAGAAAUAUGUGGCUAUGCUAGAAAUAAACGAGCCGUUGAUAAUACCCACCCAAGGGGCAAAGAAGCCGUUAAUUAUCCCCUCACCAAUGCUGCCGUGUCAAACAUCUGGGGGCAUGACUCGUAGCGAUCAUAUAUUCAAAACUACACAAUCUAAUGAGAACUUGGCGCAAGCCAGUAAUCAGACUACUGCAACACCAACUGAAGAAGGCGUUCCCAAGGAUAAGGAAGCCACUAAUAAGGAUGCUGAGGAAUUCUUAGCAUUGAUCAAGAAGAGUGAUUAUAGAGUGGUGGACCAGUUACAACAAACACCAUCUAAAAUAUCACUACUCUCACUACUGGUACACUCCGAGAAGCAUCAAGACGCCUUGAUGAAGAUCUUGAAUGCUGCCCAUGUGACUAAAGAUAUCACUGUAAACCAAUUCGAUGGGAUGGUGGCUAAUCUCACAUCCGGGACGUGUCUGGGAUUCAGUGAUCAUGAACUACCUCCACAAGGGAAGGAGCAUAACAAAGCCUUGCACAUCUCUAUACAAUGUGGGAAAGCUCACCUAUCAAGGGUUCUGAUUGAUACAGGUUUGUCACUAAAUGUGAUGCCAAAAGCUACCCUCGAUAAAAUAGCUUUGGAAGGCCUAAUGGUCAGACCAAGUCGUCUAGUGGUUAAAGCCUUCGAUGGAUCACAAAGCCCAGUGUUCGGAAAAGUAGACCUCCCUGUUAUAGUCGGUCCUCAUACUUUCUGCAUCAAUUUCCAAUUGAUGGAGAUUGAACCAGCUUACACUUGCUUAUUGGAAGACAUAUUCAUUAGUAAUCUGGAUUCGUACCGAUACAUCGAGGCUGGAGAAGGGGCAUUAGAAACCGCGUUCCAAGCACUAGAGAUCGCAACCGCUGUCACACUACCGGUAGAGAAGAUACGAAGGGUGGUAACAUCCUGGAGAGAUCUGCAAAACUUGAAGACGGAAGGCUGGGGCAAAGUACUAGAAAUCCAAGAAAAGAAGGAUCAUCUGGGGCUAGGAUAUCAACUAACAAAGAUCACGAGAGCUGCAAAGGAGGAACAACGAUUCCCUCCGAUCAUGCAAACUUUUGUUACAGGCGGAUAUGAACAUGUAUCUAUGAUAUCUAACGUGGAUCCUAAGGAGGGUACAUCCAACUUCAUCUGA